AUGGAAAUUAUUCAAAAGAAUGAGGCCUUCAAAAACGUUGAGGGCGAAAUGAAAUUCUCUUACGUCCAAGUUUUUGCCCUGCAAGAUGGCGUUUUAUAUUCUGGAAAAUGGGCAAAUCGACUACUAUUGCCGCAGACGCUGGACGAUCUGUAUGAAGUCAGGCAAAUCACGACUGAAGACAGGGGUCCCGCGAUGAAUCUAGAUUGGUCUGCGGUAUAUGUAAAAACUCCAAGUCUCCUUGCCUAUGUCGAUGAGAAUCUUGAAAGGCAGAUCAUCCGCGAAAUUGAAACAUGCGAGAUUCUUCGCAAGAAUCCCCAUCCUAAUAUCGCUACUUACUAUGGAUGCACAGAGACCCGCGGUCGAGUCUCGGGGCUAUGUUUCAAGCGAUAUACGUCCACGCUACUUGAAGCAGUUUAUCCCGAACGUAUUGGCAAGGCUGCAUUCCUUUCGAGUCCACGCGAGCUGAUGAAGGACAAUAUGAAAGAUAGAUUGGAAGGGAUCUUGAGUGCAAUUAAACAUCUGCACUCGCUAGGGCUCGUUCACAACGACAUUAAUCCUGCCAACAUUAUGCUUGAUGAAGACGGCACAUUUAUUCUGAUCGACUUCGAUAGCUGUCGUUAUAUCGGAGAGUCGUUGAGCAGCACUGCAACGAAAAGAACCCACCACUGGCAUGACCCUGUUGUCGAUAUUUCACUGGAGACGAAUGAUCUAGACGCCUUCCGAGAUGUGCAGGUGUGGUUAGUCGGAUCGGCGGAUGAGGCCUUCCUGUUUCAAUGA